GGAGCGAGCGACAGAUGGGAUGCCAAAAACUGAGUCGAUUAUCGUCAUUGGGACUUGUGGAGGGGUUAAGAUCUGAAUAACGGCGAGAUAGCAGGAUCAGACCAGAGUGAGGAGAGCCGGCAACGAACAGCCCGAAAAGCUGUGUGCUUUCUCUCCAUCAACUUCCCCAAGGGCUGCGCAUGCAGCCUCUGUGUGAGUUAGUGGCACUAGUAUUGUUCUGACUUCACUAGCUACAGUGCCCACUCCUAGAGAGAGAACGCACAACAAAAGACAAGAAAGGAAGGAAGCACGGAGUAACUAACGAAGACGGUUGUCGUUGAAAGUAAUUUUCCUGCGAUACCAAUCUUAGAUUCCAAGAUUUCUCUCUUUUUGUUAUUUUGCCUUGAGUCUUUGUAGCCGUGAGGGGACUCGCCGUGUGGUGUUGCGCCGAGCUGAAGCGGGGCUGUCCACAUGGUCCAGCCACUGGUGUGAAAGUUGACUUCUUCAGAAAACAAGAACAGGUGCCACGUGAUGAUGGUGGAAUCAGCCUCUGAGACCAUUCGAACUACGACCUCCAAUCAGAACGGAGUCAGCAACCUCAGCAGCCAAUCGGAUGGCGGGGGAGGGAGAGAAGGCGGGUCCAACGGAGACACCAAUGGGGAGAUCAGCCCAGUGGACCUACUGCACCUCCAGCAGCAACAGGCCCUCCAGGCAGCCAGACAGUUCCUCCUCCAACAGGCCUCUGGACUCAACUCCCCCAGCAGCAACGAGGUUAAACAGAGCCCUGUGCAGGUGCCGGUGUCCAUGGCUAUGUUGACCCCCCAGAUGAUCAGUCCUCAACAGAUGCAGCAGAUCCUGUCCCCUCCUCAGCUACAGGCCCUGCUGCAACAACAACAGGCCCUUAUGCUUCAGCAGCUACAGGAGUACUAUAAGAAGCAGCAGGAGCAGCUGCAUCUUCAGCUUCUGACUCAGCAGCAGCAGCAGGCUGGGAAGCAGGCAGCCAAAGAGCAGCAGAUAGGUAACAAGCAGUUGGCUUUCCAGCAGCAGCUCAUUCAGAUGCAGCAGCUUCAACAGCAGCACAUGAUCAACCUGCAGAGACAAGGCCUGGUCUCCCUACAGCCCACUAACCCCAUGCAGAGCCUGCAGCAAGCCAUGUGUCCAGGGGACCUGCAGCAGCUGUGGAAGGAGGUGUCGGGGGUGCAGUCUGCAGAGGAGGCCCUGAAGCAGCAGCAGCAGCAGACUGGAGAGGGUCUGGACCUCAGCACCAACUCUACCUCAUCCUCUUUCCCCAAAGCAAACACACACAGCAGUCUGCACAUCCUGCACAACGGACAGGACAACCACACCCCAAAGAGAGACAGGUACAGAGACAGAGCAAGACUCUUUGAAUGGAUCUCCUCCUUCAGCAAGGCAGACCUCGGAGAUGAACACCUCACGCCUUACUCCAAAGGUGGCCCACUAUCCAGCAGCCACCACGAGGAGCAUGCAUGUUCCCAUCCUCUCUAUGGCCAUGGAGAGUGUAAAUGGCCUGGCUGCGAGGCGCUAUGUGAUGACAUGGGACAGUUCAUCAAGCAUCUGAACAAUGAGCAUGCUCUGGAUGACCGCAGUACAGCCCAGUGCAGGGUGCAGAUGCAGGUGGUCCAACAGCUGGAGAUACAGCUGGCCAAGGAGAGUGAGCGGCUGCAGGCCAUGAUGACCCACCUGCACAUGCGCCCAUCGGAGCCAAAGCCUUUCAACCAACCUCUGAACCUGGCGUCCAGUGGCUCCCUGCUGAAGAGGGAGAGCGAGGCGUACCCCGAGGGUCUACCUCACCCCCCCACCUCCGCCACCGCCCCCAUCACACCGCUCCGCCAGGGCCCCUCUGUCAUCAGCUCCUCCAGCCUGCACUCACACUCACACCCGCACGGCGUGGGACCCAUACGCAGGCGCAUCGCUGACAAGUUCUGCACCCCCAUCGCCUCAGGUAUACGAGAGGAGCUGGCACAGAACUGUGAGUUCUAUAAGAACGCUGAUGUCAGACCUCCCUUCACCUACGCCUCUCUCAUACGCCACGCCAUUCUGGAGGCUCCAGACAUGCAGCUGACUCUUAAUGAGAUCUAUAACUGGUUUACGCGAAUGUUCGCCUACUUCAGGAGAAACACAGCCACAUGGAAGAAUGCUGUGCGCCACAACCUGAGUCUGCAUAAGUGUUUUGUGAGGGUGGAGAACGUGAAGGGGGCCGUGUGGACGGUGGACGAAGUGGAAUACCAAAAGAGAAGACCGCCAAAGAUGACCGGGAGUCCUACUCUGGUGAAGAAUAUGAUUUCAGGCCUGGGCUUCGGUUCCCUAAACGCCAGCUACCAGGCAGCCCUUGCGGAGAGCAGUUUAACUCUACUGAACAGCCAGGGCCUGGUUAACCCCUCAUCUGCCGCCAGCCUCAACAUGCUGCAUGGGAUGGGUCAUGAUGACGUCAGCUCCACUGUGGAACAGGUCAACAGCAACGGCAGCUGCAGCCCUACACUCAGCCCACAGCAGUAUGGACACCAGGUCCAUGUGAAGGAGGAGCCCACUGAGAUCGAGGAGGACAGCCGCUCCAUGUCGCUCAUGGCAACUGUCACUCAGAACAUGGCAUUUCCUAGCGAUCGCGAUGACCGCGAUUUGGAUGAUGAGCUUCCCACCGAGGAGCUGGAGUAGGAUUGGAUGAGUUGAACCAGUGGACGGGACUUUGAGGUUUAAUCCCGCCCGCUCAUUUGGAGUGAAGCGAAAUGAUGACCACAUAAAAAAGAAGAUAGAGAUAAAAAAAAAGAUAAAGAUCAUAAUUUUUAUAAAGCAAGAAACCAACAACAUUGACAAACAGGGUUAGACCUCCGUUACAUACCGACGCAAAAAUAACACUCUGGAGCAUUGCUUUAUUCCCACACAUUUUCACCCACCUCACCCCCUCCUCCUCACCCCCUCCUCCCUCACCCGAUGAGCAGCGUAUUGUCAGAGAGACAGCUCUCAGUGGUGAUAUUGAGGGAGGGUCCCCUCUCCUCUCUCCUCUCCCUGUUGAUUCACACAGAUGGUCUACCCACCCUACAGUCCUUUAGUGCUGGUAGUUUGAUUUCCACACCACUUCAAUAUACAUACAGGUGUGUGAGAGAGAGUGUGGAGAUACACACACUUCAGAUCAUGUGUAUAUAUUGUUUGGAACAGUCACCAGGAGGUGUAUAACUCUCCUCCUCUUCUCCGGUCAUGUUAGUUCCUUUUUCUUUUCUUAUUUUGCCUGAAAGAACUGCUGGGCUUUGAGAUGGAAGGAAGGACAGUGGUUUUCUCAAAGAUUACCCCACCUGCUCACACAUCAGAAACCAAGCGUACAAACCAGUCAGUGAUCCAUAGGUGGGACUGAGACUGGAUUGCAGGAUUCUGCCCUAUGCCCACUCUCUAGCCAUUCUCUGCCCUAUGCCCACUCUCUAGCCAUUCUCUGCCCUAUGCCCACUCUCUAGCCAUUCUCUGCCCUAUGCCCACUCUCUAGCCAUUCUCUGCCCUAUGCCCACUCUCUAGCCAUUCUCUGCCCAAGCCAGACAAGACUCUCUUUACUCAUUAUGACACACAAAAAAAGAAGACAUUGUUUCCCCCCCAAAAAAGACCCUUUGGUGCUUUACUCCUCCUUCAUGAGUGAUAGAGUGAUGGGCACAGGUCAUCCUGAGAGAGAGAGAAAAAGAGAGGGAGGAAGGAGAGAUCAUCCACACAGAGAUAUCUGACUAAAAUAGUUUAUGAUUAUGGAAUACAAAACAUUUUAUAUCCAAAAAGUGGUAGCUUUUUCACUUCCUUCUUUCUUUGAUGUUAUCAUUUAAUUUUUAGGAUUCAUAUUUCCAUGGUGAUAUAAUUCUGUUUCAAAGUGUAUUUUGUAAAAAUGCUUUGUUUCUUUAGUUUUUAGUUUUUAUUAACUCUGCUUGUUCACACCAUUCCAAACUAGUAUUGGUGGCAAAGAAAGUGCAGUAUUGUCCCAAAAUUCCCCAUACCCCAGCCCACCAUGAAUACCUUUCUGUGUGUCUGGGUUUGCCAGUUUAGAUGGCAGGAGAUUGAGAAUAGCACUUAGGAUCGAAGGCCUCAGCUCCUGAGAACACUCACCAAUAAUCCCAACAUUAUCAUCCAUUUGUAUUAUUCCUUUUUAACUAACUUUCAUUCCUUAUUAUUUUAUCUUCUCGUAGUUAGUUGAGAAACAUCAGCUGUGAUACAAAGCAAUGCUUGAAAAAAUAUAUUAUGGCAGUCAGAGAAUACCUCAUCCCACAAAUUUCCGCCCGGAAGUGUGUGCAAAAUGUUAAAGAAGUAAGGGGGAAUUCUUUGUGUGGGACACCAAAACGUGGCAACUCUGCUCAGUUUCAUUUCAAAGUUCUAUUGUUACUAUAGUUACUGUAUAGAAGCUGUCUGCAAUUCACUGUGUGAGUUGAACUCAAAGGAAUAGCACGUGAGAUUUAAAAUCUUUUGUUUUCAGUGAGCGUAAAAGCAUUACCUUCUCUGCAGUGCCAUACCAAAUUUAAACACAUUAUUUUUAUGUAUUUUCUGCUUUUUCUCCCAUUUUAUUUUUGUUACAGGUAACCAAAGAAAUGUGUAGAAAACCAAAAACCCUGUAGUUUAUUUCCCCUUUUGAGUUUUUCCUCUAAAGAACUGGCCAUAAGACAAUAAACAUCUGACAUUUAAAUUAUUAUUGUAUUAUCGUAACUCUUACGUUGAAUUUGUUCAUGACAGUACUGACCAUUCCAAAAACCAAAGUAUAAAAUGCUAAAUAGAAUUUGGUGAUGUUAAAAUCUUUUUACAUGUGUUUAACUGGUGCAAAUGACGACUAACAUUAGGUAUGCUAUGGUUGAAGGCCAAAAACAGUAUUAACAAACAACCCUUUUGCAGUUCCUUAGAUAAAUAAAGAAAGCACUUAGGAUUUAAAUCUCUAUCUCUCCAUGCUCAGGCUACCUGUGUUUCAAACACAACCCUAUGACAGGCUCUGCUGUAGGCAAGCCUAAGAUGGGAUUCAGGGUUAAAGAUGACAAAUAAUUAUCUUACCCUCAUUAGGCACUUGAACACAACAUUUAUAUACCUUUAUGUGACACUAGAAGCCAGCAAAAAAAGAAGUGGGCUGUCAGUUGUCCAUUAACUGGGAUACAGUUAAAAACAAAAAAUACAUUGUUAUUGCACUGUAAUAAUGCAUGUUUUGAUUAAUUUCCUCAACCAAAACAAUAUUUUCAUUGUGAAACUCUAUACAUUCAAACAUCCCUUUGUGCUAUGCAGGAGAAUGUCAUAUUUUGACCCGGCUCCCGGUUUGAUUGAAAAGGACCAAAAGUCCCAUUGUCUAGCAGUGAACAGUUUACUUAAUGUACUUUCUUUACUCCUCACCUACAGUAUACUCAAGCAGACACAACAGUUUAACAAAUACCAAAAAGGACAGGUGUUAUAAUAAAUAGGAACAAAAUGAUAAUGUUUCGCUCUUAUAUUGUCUUCAUGCUCUCACAUUGCUAUAGAAACACGUUCAUAUCCCCAGUCUGUGAGUAGUUGUGAUAGAGACUGUUUGAAGCUGGCUGUCAUUCCAAACAUCACAUCAGUAGACAAACAGAGGGUUUUUCAGAACAGACAUACCAUUAUGACCAUUUGUGAUAUUUACAGCAAAGAGAGAACAACUGACAAAUUACAAAAUCAUACCAAUGUGAAAGGAACACACCAAGGGACAUGUCAACUUAUGUAUUUUUUCUAAAACAAAAUUUGGGAACAGUUUUGUCAAAUCAACUCUUGCACCAUUUUCUUUGUUUUUUAAUAAAGGAGUCUUUGUAUUGACUUCCUGUGUAAAACAGCACUGUUUCCUGUAUAAGUAGCGUUAUGAUGCUUCACGUCAUCAGACUGAUUUAUAACAAACAAAGUGGGAGAGGGACACCGAGAGUAAAAACCAAAAAUAACACUACCUCCUUUUCAAAAUGGUUCACAAUAAAAGCCAAUGGGAGACUGGAGACCAGAAUUUUUUUUAUUAUUUUUUAUUAUUCUUCCUCAAUAACAAUAGUGAAAUAUACCAAAACACAGCUUACUGUUAAUACACAUUAAGUGGGGCUGGAAAAGCUUGUCUGGUUAUCUGAACUCCAAAUUCAUGAGCGUGAGCGCAAAAACAAAGAGAAGUUACAACAACAUUACACCCCGUUAAAGAUGACUACCUCUCCUAAAACCACAGAGAACCGGUGCGUUCUCCUAAGAGUGAAGAGUGAAGUGGUCACCAUGUUUAAAAGGUCUACUCUCAGCUGUGUAUUAUUGGCUCUCUCUGUACUGUCCAUUAUCAUAAAACACAGUGAACAGCCUCUUAACUGGGUGCUCUAAUUGUAUGCACGCAUAUUUAUGAGCCGGCUUUGCCGGCAGCCAAUGAUAGUCCGGUCGUUAGCUGCGACUCAAUGGGGCAGGAAGCUGGUUGUCAGGAGUGAUGAUGGGCAGAAUGUAUGAGUGCCCUGCACCCGCCAUUGGGCCCACACACAGUAGUGCCCGCCACACACCAGUGGCCCGCACUACACAUGAAUGGAGAGAACAGCUUUAAGAUGGCAGCGAUAAAGGAAACACACCCACACACACUCACAGGCUGUAGUCAGUGUUCAGUCGAAAGGGCCCUUAGUAUCAGUCAAUAAGCCUCAGAGCUGGGAAUUAAAGCCCUGUGACAUGGAGCUGGCCCUUCACGGUGAAUAGUGGCCCCUGUCACUAGGAGCCGGGCCCCUGUUGGCCCCUUGGUUCAGACAGCUGAGGAGAGGCUCUGAGUAACUAAAGAUACUAUCCAAAGACAAACACAGAGCUUGCUGGGAGACGGACAAUAAUAACAGCUUACAAAGGAAUGAAUGAUUACUACUAUUAUUAUUGUUAUGAUCCAAACUCUCACGAAAGAGGCACUGCUGCAUUCAGUAAAUAAAUGAUGUUUGAAUUCUCAUCCGUUAAGGUACACCUGUAAGCCAAGCUGUUUUAUCAAGAUGUAGAUUGACAUUCGUUGAUGAUGUUGACAGAUCGCCAUAGACACUUCUGUUCCUUCUCCGGUUUGGCUGUUAUGGUGUAUUAUUGUAUAUUAACGCUUGGCUUAGCUCUCGAGGGCAUUCUUUACCAUUAUUUCUUUUUGAUUUUCUCUUUUGUUAAUUUAGUUUUUGUAAAGCUUCCAGCUUGGAUUCCUAUACUGUAUUGCUAAUGCUGAAGUGUAUGUAUUUAUCAUAUUAAGUGCUGCAGGUAUCUUUGUUGAAUAGUUAUUCCUUUCUUUUUUUGUUUUCUUCAUAAAACGUCUGGGACGAUGAUUUUUUAAGUGUAUUAUCUCUAAAAAAUAAAAUAAUUAAAGUUAGAUAAGUGGUUUAGGUAACAGCUGUUUGUAUAUUUAUCUUAGCUAGGUCUAUUUUGAUACCUUUUGUCUCUGUACUGCAUUUUUAAGGAAAGAAAAAGAAAAACAAGAGUAAAACAAAAAGUUGACUUCAUUAUGUAUUGAUGAUACCUCAGAAGGACUUUUCUCUAAGACAGGACCAAAACCUCAGAAAAAAUUUGAGAAAGAGGAAAAUAAUUGAAGAAAAUAUGUAGCCCCUCUCUUGCUUUUAAAGAUGGAGCAAUGUAAAGGUGAUGUUGUGGGUCCUUUAUGUGUCCUCUGACCCCUGACCACAGUCAUUCCUCUGAUGACCUUUAACUUACAGCGGUCAAUCACUCAAUAGGACAACUGGGCGUGGCCCUCAAUCAAACACCUGAUGGCAUUUGUCCAAUUAGAAUCCUAACCAAAGGUGUUGUGAGUGGCCAUGGCUUACAAGCUAACAGACCACCACAACUAUAACCAAACCAACCCUAGGCACUAAUCUAUCACAAGCUACUUCCCAUACCUCAAACCAUUCUUCGCUAUCACCAUCGCUAUCAUCUCUUGGACGAGCACUCUUCCUAUUGGAUCAUUAGUGACUCCAGGGACCUCAUUGGCCCCGCCCCUGCUCUAUGAUUGGACAGCUCUUAGGUGUCAUGUUGAGGAAAAGGGAACUUAAAGGACAGUUGCCCAUGUUAUUAUGAACUUCACAGCCCCCCCCAAAAAUGGAACUACCACUUCAGCUGUCCUCUGGUUGUAUCUUAGGAAUGUGUGUACAUUUUCAGCAGUGACUCUCUGUAACAUUACUUCGUUUCAGUUUCUGUUUACCUCUCUUUUAUCUUUUUAUUUUGUUCUGUUUGUUAAUUUUUUGAAAGUGUGACCCAGGGGAAUGGGUAAAGUUGGAGCAGGCGGUGGUUUUUAAGAUGGUCUAAAAGAGGUUUAAAAAAAGGUGACUUUGCCACCGAGACCUUUGCCCUUUCCCCCUUCCCUGGGUGGCCAUGUCAUGCCAGUCACUGCCCUUUUCCUCAUGCUGUAUAAAACACACAUAUAUCUGUGUAUUUGUAACCUGAAUCUUCUUGUGUCUGUCCAUGCAGACAAUAAAAACAACUGUACAGUAGGUCUAGUUGCAUGUAAUCUGUACUAAUUAUUGACAAUGGCAUUAUAAAAUGCAAUAAAAUACUUAUUACACUGUC